GAGCCUUUAAUUUUGUCAAGCAGCCUCGAAAGUUCUCGAGUCUUCUCUCCGAACCCUCGCUCAGUCGCUCGUCUUCUAUAUUCUCCCCAUCCACAUUCCACACAACUCUAUCGCCAUUUCCAAGCUUUUCCGAUCAUUUCAAUCGUCGUAUCACAGCAUCUCGCCGUCGCCGGAGCAUGGCCAAGUUUGGAGAAGGAGACAAGCGGUGGAUCGUGGAGGAUCGCCCCGACGGCACCAACGUCCACAACUGGCACUGGGCCGAGACCGACUGUCUGGAAUGGUCUCGCAGCUUCUUCAACAAGCUUUUGUCCAAUCAAACCGUCCUCAACGGAGAAGGUAACAUCUAUAUCCGUAUCAAAAAGCUGGAUAAGCUCGAGGGCGAGGCGUAUGUGAAUGUUCGCAAGGGGAAGAUCAUCCCCGGGUAUGAACUGAACCUAGUUCUCUCCUGGGAAGGCGAAGCCAAGGAUUCGGAAGGGAAAUCGAUGGCUAAGACUGAAGGAACUGUGGAGAUCCCUUACAUUUCUGAUGAGAAUGCAGAUGAGGAUCCGGAAAUUAAGGUUGCAACUCGUGAAGACGGGCCGAUUGAGAAGAGAUUCAAAGAUGCUUUUAUUGCUAAAGGAAAGCCAUUUGUAUUGGAGCAGGUACGAAGCUGGGUAAGUGCAAUGGCGAAGGGUGGGCCUGCUAAGGACGAGCUUGAGCCAAAAACUGUUGCUAAGAAGAGCAUUGCUCCCUCUGUGGAGGAGAAGGUGAAAGCAGCCUCGAAGGAGGUAGUGAAGGAGAAGAAGGCAAAGAAGAAGGAAGGGUUUAAGACUAUUACAAUGUCUGAGAAGUUCCAUUGCAGGUCUAAGGAUUUGUAUGAGAUAUUGAUGGAUGAGAAUAGAUGGAAAGGGUUCACUAUGAGCAAUGCCAGGAUCAGCAAGGAGGUUGGUGGUCAGUUUAGCAUAUUUGAUGGAUCAGUGAGUGGGACGAACAUAGAACUGCAGGAAGGCAAGUUGAUUGUGCAGAACUGGAGAUUUGGGAGCUGGCCUGAUGGCAUCCUCUCGACGGUCCGCCUUACCUUUGAUGAGCCUGAACCUGGAAUUACAGUGGUUAAGCUCAUCCAUUCUGAUGUACCAGAGGAAGACCGGUAUGGGAAUGAGACUGUGGUGGAGAACACAGAGAGGGGAUGGAGGGAUCUCAUUUUCAACAAGAUACGAGCCGUGUUCGGUUUUGGGAUCUGAAGAAAGAACAAAGCUCAAUGCCAUUUCUUCUGUUGUAGUAAGAUUUCAUGAGUCCUUUUUUCUUGACUGUCAGUUUAUUGAGUUGGGUUUUGUCACUUCCUUCCUUGAUUGAGGAUUGUUGUUUUGCUGGUGAAGAACAUUUUUAUUCAUAUGAAAUUAUGAAUGGAUGAAACCAAUUAGCCAAUUUUUAUAUAUGAUGAUCCCCCCUCCCUCUUUUGACGAUUGAUUUUGAUUUCUCCUUUCGGUCGCACAAAUCAAAUAUGCUAAGGCAU